CGCUGAUUUUGUCUAAUAAGACACUUUUGUUUACAUUUAUUUCUUCUGUCCUUCUUGCAAACUUUACAAAGAGCUGACGUUUUUUUGUUUUUUGCACUCGUUACAAAAUGAGUUGCUAUGGAUGCAGUCGCAAAUAUGGUCUCUUCUGCAAGGAGCACGGUUGUCCCAACUGCGGUUACUCCUACUGCGCCAAGUGCCUGAAGAGGCCAAUGCCGGUGCCACGUCAAGCCAACAAAGUGCUCAACGUCUGCCUCAUCUGCUAUGACAAAUUGUCGAAAAUGCAGGCGGUCGCCGAUGCCGAAAAGGUUGUGGACUGUGAAGCUCUGCCUGGUGAGCUGGUGACCAAGUUGCGUCUGCCCCCAAAGAGCACAGACAUCGAGGCAGCUGAUGCGCUUUUCGACAACGUGCUGCCUUCGGAGGAACUGGCUGCUGUGCUGGCGCCCAUAAGCACUACGGCGCCUGACGAGGUGACAGCAGCUCCAACAGCUGCAACUACAGAUAUUGACGAGAAUCUGGACAGCGCCAUAAGCAAACGUUUGCAAAAUCUAAAGGCUGUGGAGUCGACUGAUGACGAGAUACGUGCACGUCUCUCCAGUUUGAGUGGCAUGCCGCAUCAAAAGAACUAUGAUAAAAAGGAUCUUCUGUUGUCGACGGACAAACGAAGCGAUCAGGACAAGAUCAAGGAUCUGCUGCAACAGUUCAUGGGUGAAACUGAGCUAGAUCAACGCAUCGAUGUUGAACGCACUGAUGCCAUUUCUGAUAUUGAAAGACGUUUACGCGCUUUACGCGAUGCUCCCAUUGAGGGUGGAACUGGAGCUGGAGCUGCAGCCAGCACAUCGGCCACUAAUACUCCCAGCGACAAUGAGGAUGAGAAUGAUGAAACUGUUUUGCAAAAUAUCAUGAAAAAGUAUGUCGCUGAAUCACGUUUGCCGGCAGAGGCUGUUCUGGACGCGGAACUGGGUACGACACCCAAACCUAGCACUAAUGACACCGAGGAGCUGCCCUGGUGCAACAUCUGCAAUGAGGAUGCCGUCUUCCGUUGCCUUGGCUGUGAUGGCGAUCUCUUUUGCGCUCAAUGCUAUCGGGAAUGCCACGACGAUGAGGAAUAUCGUGCCCAUGUCAAGCAGAAGUACACAAUGCCACCAAAAUUUAAAGAGAAUCAUUUCUGAAACAUUUAUGUUACCAAAGUUUUGUUGAAUUUUAUUUUACUCUCAUUUAUGCUUUGUUUUUCUGUUCAUUUUUAAACUCGUUCUCCAAGUAAAUUAGCUAGUUUUUUAAGCCUGUGUACAUACAUGUGAAUAUGUACUAUAACUGUCAAUAUUAAAAUAUUAUUUGUUAAGCUAUAAA